AUGAGAAAUUCAAGUACAGAAGUAAUCUCAAGGAAAAAAAGCAGAAAUCAGAGUCUUAAAAAUGAAGGAGAGAGUAAGGAAAAAGAAGUUUCCAAAUCACGAAACAAAAAGAAAGUCAAAUCACAAGAUGUUUCAGAUGACGAAAAAGUUGCUCAGAAGAAUGUUGUUAAUAGGUUUGGAUCUGAUGAUUCUAAACAAAAAGAACAGAAUAAGAAAACUAAAGAUGAAAGUCCAAGAUCACAAUCUGUAACACAUAGACGUAACCAGAGAGUAUCAGAAACCAAAGCCACUAAACGAUCAGAGAGUCCAGAGCCUCCAAAAAAGAAAAGUGAUGGAAAAAAAGAAAAACAUCAACUGAAGAGUUCUCAGAUAUCUGCAAGUAAAAGUCCUGUAAGAAGUAGUAGAACUGAAACCACCAGUGCACCAAAAAGAGUAUCAAGAAGCAAAUCAAGAAGUCCACGUACCAAAAAAACUAGAAAUGAUGACAAAAGUCCCAGAAGAGGAUCUGUUAAGGAAAGAAUUAAUAGGAAAAGAUCUAGAUCUCGUUCUCCUAAGCGCCAAACACCAACCUCUAGAGAUCGUGGUCAGAGGGCUCAAGAAUCAUCAAGAUAUAGGAGGCGUUCUCGCUCUCUUAGCAGAAGCAGAAGCCGUUCCCGACAAAAUACAAGGUUCAUUGGGAGAUCUCGCCAAAGGUCAUGUAGCAGAAGUGCUGACAAGUACAGUAGGCCUAGGAGAACCUCACCAAUUGAAAGAAGAACUUUUUCAUCCCGACAGAGCCGAAGUCCACUGAGAAAAGAAAAGGAUUCACGCAGGCAGAAAUCAACCAGAAUUGAUCAAAGUAGGGGAGCAAAAAGGACAAGGCAAAGCAGCAGUUCAAGCAGUUCCAGUUCAAGCAGUAGCAGUAGUAGUAGCAGAAAGAGUGACAAGAGAAAACGUCAAAGAAGGGGAAGAAGUCGGAGCUCCUCUGGUUCAAGUGGAUCCAGCUCAUCAUCACGAAGUUCUCGUUCUUCUUCAUGA